AUGAAUGGAUCGCUUUCAGAAGAGGCAAUGGAAGAAGCGGACCACACGCGAUCAGCUAGUGCUUUGGACCAGCUGUGUCAAUACGUGUCCUGCGAUCUUACCUCACUCGAAGAGGACGAUGCAUACUUAAAACCCCGCGGUUAUGCAGUAGAUACAAUAUUAGAGGUCGUGGAAGAUGCUCAAGUGUACAGAGGUUCCGACUACACUAUGGACCCAGAUGUAUCAACACGCUUCAUCAGCAACCCUGUCCACGCUGCGAACGUGGAAGUAUACACCUACAGUCUCCUUCUAGCUAGACGUGCAGUUCAUCGUACCAGUUUUGAUAUCGAUAGUAUACCAUCGGAGUAUCUGAUGGCUCUGCUUUGCGCUACUAGACUUUCUAAAAGCGCAACUGUCGCUCACGAAGAUGCAUGGACUGUAUUCACCGACCUAGGACAUAACAGUUUUGAGGGACUCAGCGUCGAGCGCCAAGUACUGAAGACAGCGUUCUAUGACAAACUGUUCGUCCUUGCCGGUCAUUCAUUCUUCAGUACCACAGGCGGUCGCUUCGGUAUCGCCACACCAGGAUGCAAACCCAGUAACAAAGUCUGUGUGUUAUACGGCGUGCCUCCCCUUCACAUGCUACGAUGGCUAGAACCCAGAGUUGAAACCGGCGCGAUCCACGACGAAGGCCCCGCUGAACUCUGCGGUGUGGCACUUAUCCCUCAUCUAAUGAAGCCACACGAGCAAGAAGCGGCUCGACUUGGACCAGACGAAAUCUUCGUGAUUGGUCGAACGAUUCCUGAAGCAUGCAAGCGUUUUGAGUAUCAAGGAUAUUUUGUAGCUUGGCGGCAGUACAGAAUCCGGAUAUCGAUGAGACGUAUAUUGUAG